AAAUCGUGUUUGCGGGUGAGUUGGACGUGAAAAUUUGCAGCGCUGGGCGUUUAUUUGAUAAUUUUCUUUGUUUUAUCUCUGCUGCAUUAUACCUACUUGCAUUUGAACAGACUGUACCUUUGUAAAAAAAAAGGAAAACAAAGUAAACAAAAGCAAAUCUUUUAUUGUUAGGUUAUAAGUAGCUAUUUUAUGCAGAGAAGAAUCGUGUUUAUUUCUUUGUACUUUUUAUAAGAAGAUAUGUAUGUGGAUGUGAAUCCACGCUACAAAUUUGUUAAAUAUCGAGUGUUGAUUCAAGAGGCAUAUUAGUGCCGAGUACAAAGAAAAUUCGCAAUUCCGGUUAAUACUGUCGUUGACGAUGUUAAAAUUUGAAAGCAUAUAUUGAAGAAAAUAGUGGCAUUUAUGCAUAAGUUAAAUUAGUGAUUCAAUAGUUUGCUAUAGAAGGAAAUGUGAUUUCCAUGCUCCUAGAAUAUGCUGGAAACGUGGCUAAGUCCCUUGUAAUAGAUUGUAUCCUGGACAUGAACCAUUCAACACAUUUGCGAGUUGCCACUUGAUGGAUUGUAUUCGGCAAGUAUUGUAAUAAAACGAACUAUUUUCACGUUAUUGCUGAAGUUGCGAACUCGUACGCUUGGAAAUAUCAAGAACUGUCAGAGAAAAUAAUUUUUGGUUGCAAACUGGCAACGCCGAAAGAUAUUACUUAAAUUUAGCUGUGGUUUAAAAUAAAGCAAUCUAUUACAGACACACGUCGCCAUUUUGGAAAAUUUCUCUAUACUAUUUUCGCAGUAGUCUUACAAAAUACUUUGGGAUUAACAUUACAUUUAGCAAGAUCGUCAACGAGGGAUUGAAUUAUUAAAAUUAUUCAUUAAAAAUAUUGUCUUUCAUAACAAUAAUAGUUAUGGUUGUUUAUUAUUGCAAAUAAAAGCGUUUAGUUGAAAACACAUGGAAAGUAAUAAAUGCAUACUAAAGUUAUGUAAUUAAAGUCAAAGAAUACAAAAAAUAUCAAGAGUGGAAACAAGAGAACUAGUGUGACGUCAACCGUCUAAUUAUUGGCUAUCGUUAAGAUUAAUUUGAAGUAAUCUUAAAACAAAUAUGCCGCGCAUUGUACCUUUACAACUUCUUAAGUGCCUAAAGGUGCUUUUGGAUGACAAUGGAGGUAUCCUUAGUAUUGGAGAAGUCAAGCGGAUCGCGGGGUUGAUGAAUAGAUAUUCAAAAAAACUUGUUUCGAAAUGCAUUUAUGUACAAAUAUUAAAAGUUACUAAAACAGAGCUGCUUGGUGAAUUUAUGGGUGUUGGUGGCUGGUCUCUGGUAUAUAACUGGUUAAACGAUGCAAUACGUGCAAUGAAUUGGCCGCUUGUGCAAGAAAUUCUAGAGCUGCUUUUACUUUGUCCAGUUGAUGUGGAUCGCUUGAAAAUAAAUUCUGCACCAAAGUUGGUGAAGGGACUUUGCAGGGAUGGCGGCAAUGAAGGAGUACGUAUACUUGCAAAACGUUUGGUGGAGCAAUGGUUGAAAGUAGUGACAGAAAAUACUACAACUGCUCAAGUAGAAAGUUCUCCACAGCAAUCGGUUAUCGGUGGAGCAAUUCCUAAUGUUUCUACAAUACCUGCCAUUCAAACGACACCUGUUAUACGGCAAGACAGCAAAAUACCACAAACUUCUAAUAUACCAUUAAAAGUAAAAGGGCCCUCAGUUGUACAGAGGCCGCUUUCAAAUUCCGCUGAACAAGACCCACUUGCAGAUGUUACAGAUGUACCGCCUGAGCCUUCUACUUAUGCACCAACACCUGCACAGAAGAAAGCUAGUGAAGCAGGAUUGGUGUUCAAACUAGUUUAUAAAGAUGGUCAACAAGUUUUGACAAAAGUACCAAAAACCAAUCAACUAGCUGCUUCUGUUGUUGAUGUUGAGCAAAAUGCUCAAGGAAAUGAGAAUGAGGGUGAAUGUGAGAAAAUGGACCAUGAUGGCGAAAAUGAUGCCAACAUGAAGGGCGAUACCGAAGCUGAUGGUGGCACGGGUGCUCAAGAAGAGGAAGAAGAGACUGAUAGAACUGUGGAUUCUACAAUUAUAGAAGAGGAAGAAGAUACGCGAACAUCAACAGAUAAACAAGACAAAGAUAGUGAAAGUAGCGCUGACGAAGAAUCUCAAAUAACACCGGAUAGUAACAUGCUAUCCAUAGAACAGAGAAAAAAGUCUAUAGAUACAGAAAGUGAGAAAUCUAUAAGCAGAGAACAUAGGAGCUCUAAAGACUCCAGAGACAGCAAAAGUAGGGAUAAAGAAAAUAAGGUUGAUAAAGAUAGGAAAUCAUCGUCAUCUUCUAGCCACAAAUCAUCUGGUCACAAAUCAAAAAGUUCGUCUUCGAGCAAGUCAAAAUCUUCUUCAUCGUCCUCUUCACACCGCAGUUCAAGUGAUAAACAUCGAAGCGAUAAGGAUCGUUCAAGUUCCAGUAAAGACAAAGAUCGAAAAGAGGGUAGUAGCAGUAGCAGCAGCUCAAGUAAACAUAGAUCCUCAUCAUCAUCGUCAAAAUCUUCGUCGUCAACAAGUUCGAAAGACAAACAUCGCGAUAAAGAUAAGGAAAAAUCAGCUAAUAUUUCUUUUUCGUCGCAUAAAAAGGAAAAAGAGCGCGAAAAAGAAACACCAAAUGAAAAGGAUAAAGAAUCCAGUUCAAAGUUAUCCACUUCCGAGAAACUUAGUCGUAUUCCUAAAAAACAAAAAGAUGAAUCGGAAGCGGAUUUGACAAAGCCUACUUCAAUAACCAUUCCUUCAAAGAAGGCUUCAAUGUCAAUAGAAAUUCGUCGUGACUCGGAAAAGGCUAAAACUGUGAAAACAUACAAAUCACAAUUUCGCUCACAUGGCCUUACUGAGGAAGCUCCCCCACCACCAUCGCGGAAAGGACUAAAGAAGCCAGUUUCAAGCGUUUCUGCUCCUGGUACCGUCAUUCCAACCAGUUUGCCAUCUUCACUAAAACGCCCUUCCCCGCCACCAAGUAGCAGUGAUUCACCAACACAAAAGAAAUCUAAAAUUGAUAUCAACAAUCUGACAGUAGCUAAUGAGAAGCCUGGAGCUAUCAAACUUAUUGCUCCAAAGAAAAUUCAAACUCUUGUCGAGACAAAUCUCUUCUCGGACGCGCUCUCAGCAGCAACGGGACCCAAAAAAGUUACUAAGCGUAAGCGGCCGACUACACCUGGUCCCGGUCAAAAUAAGGAAGGUCCUUCACCACCUACCAGCCCAGAUGCACCAAAGGUGGCACCUUUAAAAUUCUACCAGGACACCUUGGAUGAGACCAAGAGCGAAGACAAAUCCGAUAAGGAGAAUGAUAGCAAAGAUAAUAACAACAAAUCGGAAGAUUUGGAUUCGGGCGAUAAGGGCAAUAGCACAGAAGAUGAUGAUGAUAUACCCUUGAAGAAGGUUAAGGAAGAUAUAGAACAGAAGGUACUGCGAGAGCAAAAGACUAGUGAUGACGGUAGUGAUGCCACAUUGACUAAGAGCGGCGGCUCAGUCGAUAUCACUGGUAGUGAUGGGGAAGAAGAUGUCGCCAAAAAGAGUUCAGAGGAAGACGCGCCCAAACCGCCUGGUCCUGGUUGUGGUCCGAAUGGACCACCCGGUGUGCUUAUGCUACACCGACGCAAAGGUCCAAAAAAGAAGUUGACUUGGCGACCUCAAGAACAACUCGAGCAAAUACGUUACUUUGAACUGGAUGAAACAGAGCGCGUAAAUGUGACAAAAGCGCAGUCCUUUAUGGAUAUGAAAAAUCUGGAACGCUUUAGUGAACGCGAUGCGAUUAAUAUCGCCAGACGUGGUUUCACACAUGAGGAUAAUAUGCGACCAUUAACCGAGUGGCGCCCGCUGAUCGAAGUUGAUGGUGUACCACCACAUCCGAAUGGUAAUCAAUCUAAACAGCGUAAGGUGCAAGCCGAACGCGAGAUGACUACCUUGCGCGCACUAUAUUUCUCCCACAGCAUGAUACCCGACUCACCGGCAGAAGCAGAAUUAGAACCGCAUUUCGCAGUCGACAUACCUGUCAUACCGUUAGAAGAUAUUACCGGCAAUCCAGAUGCUGUAAGCGACUACACCAAUAUGCCUUGGCCUGAGCCAAAGACUUCACCCAAGUCAACAGAAAAUAGCCUACCUAAUGUUGGCAACUUACCAACCGCCCAAGUAAACACAUUACCGCCAAAUAACCUAAAUACAUACCCAGGUUUUAUGCCACAAUAUGCGGGUGUGGCAGCAAACAAUCUACUGGCAACGCAAAUGCAAAUGCCAAGGCCAGUUCCCACACCGGCGGCGGGCCCAGGUCCACAUCCAGCUUGGCAAACAGGCAAUUUCAACGGUAAUUUGGCAAUGGGUCCCAUGCCUGGUGGGCCGCCAGUACAACAACAGAAUAUGAUGGGCCCAUUCGGUCCUGGUGCCGGCAACCCGCAAUGGCAAAUGCAUGGCGGUAAUCAGUAUGGCCCAGCACAAGGCCCCUUCAAUAAUGCACCCAAUUUUGGACCAAUGGGUUUGAUGCCGCCACGUGUUAUGCCAAAUAUGCCACCAGCGAAUCUAUUUGAACGGAACAACAUGAAUAAUAAUCAUCACAACAAUAACAACCAAAAUCGGAACAACGGUGGCAAUUGGCGCACCGGUUCAAACUUCCAAGAUAACAAUGGGGGCGGCAAUUGGCGUUCAGGUGGUGGCGGCGGUGGACAGAACCGUGGUGGUGGCGGCGGCGGCGGCAAUUCUAACAACGGUGUGUGUAAGGCUUUCAUGCGUGGUCACUGUCGUUUAGGCAAAUCGUGCAAAUUUAUACACCCUAAUAAAAGCAAACGCAUAUAGGAUUCGCCAGAAUCUUCUGAUGAAGAUUCAACAACGAUCUCGAAAAACAACUGUGAUAGUGGCGACAAGACGAUGCACUAAAAAACUGUCUAAGCGAUCAAAAUGAUCUAUUUGCUGCGCGCCUGGAGCCACACCUAAAGUUCUUAAGUGUCCACCGUACGUCGUUGGUCAUCCGAAAUGACCUCCUGAACCUGCGAAGUUUCAAUUAAUGUCAGGAAAUUCAGCCUGCCAAUGUCGUAAACCACAAAGAGAACAUACAUUUAAUUUCUAUGAAAUAAUUAAGUUUUUUGUACAAAGCGUUAGUUUAUAUUUUUGCACUAAACAUUUUGUUGUUAGUAAAUGAAAGAUAAAUCGUGAAAAAACAAGUCGUAGAUUUUCUACUAGCAUUUUAUAGAAUUAUGCAUCCUAUAAUAGGUCUAUGAAUACAUUUAUGAAUAUAAAAAAAUAUUAAGAUGUUACAAAGGCAUUUGCUUUAAACAUAAUCGUUAAUUACAUAUAUAAUGUAGAUUAUUAUUUAUACACUUAUCUGCGCAGAACAAUACAUUUAAACACUGUACUUAUUAAUUUGUAAUUAAUAUUCAGCUUCUUACGCAGAGCGUCAAGGACGUAUUCAACGAAGUUUAUAUAGAUAUGUAUAUCAUAUAUCCUAUAUUUCAUUCAUUUAAAUGUACAAUAUUAUUGAAUUAUUGGAUUAGAUAACCAAAUGUAGAAUUUAUUGAUGUUAGCAAAGCAAACAAGAUACAUAACUUUACACAUGCAUCACGGUAACUAACUAAAGGUAGCUUAUUUAACCAUAGGACACACAUACAUAUGUAUAUAUAUAACAAAUUCAUUAUAACUCUGUAAUAUAUAAACUCAAAUGAAAAGCAUUUCAAUACUUCCAUAAAUAAGAACAUUUGUAAAACAUGCAAAAAAAAUUAAAUAAAAGAAUUAUUGAAUAAAAC